AUGGAGAAGAGGCAGAAUUCUGACCCCAUGAAUGAAAGAGACAUCACAUUUCUGUCUCAAACAAAGAAGGGAAGAAACUCGGCGAUCCCGAGACCCAGUGAGAAGUUAUUUGGUAAAAACUCUUGCCCUCUGCCUGGGAGGGGCCAGCAUGUCAGAGUUCUGUUUCUCCUCUCUGUCUUCAUCCUGCCUUCUUCUGGAGGAGCUGCUGCAGGUUGUGGCAGACAAGCCAGCUUAGUUCCCACAAACUCUGUCCAAGAGGUUGCUGCUGUCGGUGAAUUCCCUUGGCUGGUCUCGCUGCAGGAUCAGGGCAGCCACGUUGUGCUUGGUUCCAUCCUAAGUCAAGACUGGAUCCUAAGCGCAGCCUCCAGUUUCCACAGCAGCCACGUUGCAUUCAUGAUGGUGACAAAAGCAGCACUUGAGAUCCUGGUGGAACACAAGAGACCACUUUUAAAUGAUUAUUUUGAGAUGUGGGGAAGAGCUUCUUGGACGUUUUUUCUUCGUCUUCGAACAAAAAACAAGAAAGCCCCGUUGCCUCUUGGAAAAAAAAGCACCUCUGGGACAACCAUGACCUGGAGGACUGAGAAUCUCUACAGGCUUUUCACUGUUUCUUGCUGUCCCUCCUGUGUUUGCAGGACCCAGAUCUCUGCUCUGGCUGGAGGUUCAGAUCCAAAAGGGCCCGGGGAGUAUCUGGUGCACAUCCAGACUAUCGUCCCACACGAGGCCUUUGACGAGAUAACCCUGGUGCACAAUAUCGCUCUGCUGAAGACAAGCACUCCACUCCGUUUCAGCGUGACCGUGCAGCCCACCUGCUUCCCCACCCCAGACUUCCCAGGGGCAAUGCUGAAGAAAUGCUUUGUGGCCGGCUGGCCGGACCCUCAAGGAGGGACGGGUCCCCUGCAGAAACUCUCGGUGGAAGAUGUGGACCCCUGCCCCUUGCACAGAACCGUCAGCACGGAAUGUUGCAGCCAUCGGGAAGGUGACCGAGCGCCUGGAUGCCUGGGGUCAGCCGGCAACCCAGUCCUGUGUGAGGCGGACGGAAGGUGGGUGCUGAAGGGCCUGCUGAGUGAAGGGGGCGCCAGAUGCUACGGGCCCUUCCUCUACAGCCGGCUCAUCUACUACAGCGACUGGAUUGUGGCCACCAUGGCCAAAUGGAGGGCUCCAGCAUCCCCCUUUCCUGGCCAAAGGCAUCCAGCCUUUAGGGGCCCAGCAGAGGAACAGGCAAGGCUGCUGUUUGAACCCUUUUUGGCGCUGAGAGCCCUGAAUGUCUCCGAUGUUUCAGAAGACCCCCUUAGCCUGAACCUUUCGGAGGAGCUGGAGGAGGGCAGCCUGGGCCCCGUGGAAGGACCCCCCGAGGCACGAGCAAACCCUCCACUCUACUACGACUACUAUGGGGGGGAGCUGCUUGCCAUCUCUUCAGCAAAGACCGGCCAACCACAGGGGUUGCAGGGCCUCCUCUGCAUGGGCCUCCUGCUGCACCUCCCGGCUUCCUGAACUAU